AAAGACAAAUUUGUGUUUUCUGUCUCAGGUAGCUACUACGAGCGACUGAAAGUUUGUCGUCCGGGUGAAUUUGACGUUAUGGUUGUGUUUGAUGCUCAUCGUAUCGAACGGUUUUUUGACGUGAAGUGCCCAUCAAGACCACGUGACACAUUAGGUUUCGCAAGUGUUGAAUUGAAGACAUGGGUGGAAGAAGGAAGGAGUCUAUGGGGAGAAUUUCUCACGAGUGAUGGAAAAUAUCUAUCGCCUAGGAAAGUUGUAAGGCGUUUCUGUUCUUUAGUACGAGAAACCGUGGCAGCGAUGAAUAAAAAGCAAAAACAACGUAUCUCCAAUCUGAAAGAGCCCAAGGGUCCAGCCGUAACAUUUACUAUAGACCGUAAAAUUGAUGUGGAUCUUGUGUUGAGCUUGGAGAUCUCAGGCUGGCCGAGUUGUGCAGAACGCUGGGGAGUCUUCGCUACAAAGAGGACUUGGCCAAAACAGGAAGAAGUUGAACAAAUUAAGCUCAUAGAUCCCAGGUUUCAUCUCGUGGCAAAACCGUGUCCUGCAGAGCAGAGCGAAGCUGCAAAGUCGCAAAAGUUCUGGCGGAUUUCUUUUUCGGAAGCAGAGAAGGCAAUCCUGAGCAAGGCUAGUGAUGGCUGCGAAAAACAAUACUUUAGAAUUGCAAAGGCGAUUUUUGAGGGCAACAAAGACCAUUUAAAACCUCUAACGUCGUAUUAUUUGAAAACAUUAUUCCUUGACUUGCGUUCUGAGAAUCCACGAGCCAUUAACAAGGAAAACCUGGGAAUUAACGUAGUCAAGUUUUUUGCAAUUUUGAUUGCUCGUUUGAGGCCGGGAGGACAGCUUCCGCAUUUUUUUGUUCGUGACGUAGACCUCCUUUCGAGGAUUACAAAAGAAAAGCGAUUAGAUCUGGCCGAAAAAUUGGAGGCCUUUGUUAAGAAACUCAUCCGCGAGCCGGAAAAAAUUCUGAGCCAACUUAAAAUAUAA